GGAGAUAUUGUGCAAUCAGCUCCAGCGGAUGAGCAGGAGAUCACAUCGUAUGCAAGGUGUGUGUUCACUGAGCUAAUCAGACGGCUAAAUACCAGCUGGCAUAUUUAUAUAGGAUUACAUACACACACAUUUACAGUGUCUAAAACAACACAAAGGAGAGCUGUCUCAUAUGGGUGCUUAGACUGGAAACCAAACCCUGGAUUUUAACAUUCUGGCUCUGCAGUUUUUGCUUUUCAGGUCCAAUUUGAAGACAUUUGACAUUAAAACAGGAAAAUAACUCACAUUAUUUGAAAGAUGUUUCCCUGGUCAGUAGUGUUUUCCCUGGAGCCGAAGGUUCCCGGCCAGCGUACUCCAGAGGAGCUGGUGACUAACACUUUAAUGCUGGAGCUGGGUGCCAUGGUGAAACGGACCGAGCGAAUCCGGCUGGAGAAGGCGGCAGCGAGCCGCAGACGCCGCAGCUCGUCCUCGGCAGACUACAGCUGGCUGGCCGGCUCUCAGCCACACGUCCCCUACGAGCUCACGCCAGGAGACGUGCUGGAGCUGCAGGACCUCUGCGCUCAGAUCCCACCUCAGCAGUGUGGGCCGGUAAUUGUCAGGUUCAGGAAAGUGGUGUCAGAGUUUGAGCCUGAGGUGCAGGAUGUCCCCAAACUGUUCCGGGGCGUCCUAAGAAACUGCCUGGAUGAGCUUCAGGGAGACGCGGAGCUCCAGGAUCGGGCGAACCGUUGGGAAAAACAGCGCAGCAAGAGCCUCUCCUUCGUCACCUUCCGAUCCAAGUUCCGCACCCUGAACCGUGGCAAGGGAAGCUUCGGGGGGUCCCGCAACAACCUGCAAGAGGAAAACACGUGGUCUGAUGAAGACGAGGAAGCAGCCGAACAGGAGGCAACUGCCAUACGCACCAGGAAGGGACGGAGCCUCAGCAUGCCAGAGAUCACUCCUCUUGAGCAGGAGGCCCAGAGCUGAACAAGAGGAAGACCAGAUGAAUAGAGACAGAGGAAAGAAGAAUUUGAAAAGCUUGAAGGAAAUGCAGCCUUCAAGGUAAGCUGCCAAUGAAGAGGAAGAAAAGAGAAGGGAAGAAAAAUCGGAUUCUAGGAGACAUCCUGAAAGACUAAAGCUUAUGCUUUCUGAUUGUAAAACAAACACUCAUUUGUUAUUUAAACCAAAGAACACGGGUAUAGGCAUAUGUAAGACAUAUACAGCCUUUUUACUUUCUAAUGUGUGCUUAAAUAUUUUGAAUAUUUGGAUGUAAAUAUAGAUGUGAAUAUUUGGCAUAAAUGUAUGUGGAGCUCACAAAAUACAUACAGAGUAUGACCAGGUCUUAUUUCU